AUGAUCACCCUCACCCCCAGCCCUGCAGAUACCGCCCCAGAAUCUCAAUCUCCAGCACUCCAACAAGCCCGCACCUACCUACACAGUCUUCUCAACAAAAUCCUUCUGGUUCAUACUACCGACAAUCGCAUGUUUCGAGGAGAAUUCAAGUGUACCGAUUCCGACCUCAAUAUAAUCCUCUCCGAAGUCUACGAAUAUCGAAUCCCGCCAUCUAUCCUCGAAUCUCCCGCUACUUCUCCUCCUUCCACUUCCACUUCCACUACCACUUCCACUUCCACUGUAAACCCUCACCUUGACCACUCAACCUCCCCUCCUCCUGCUCCACGUUCUCCCACAGAUCCCUCCCAACCCCUCACAUCCACACCCACACCCUUAUCUCCACCAACCCUCCACCCCCGCUGGCUCGGUCUCGUCGUCGUCCCCGGCGCCCACAUAACCCGCAUCGAGCUUGAACAAUUCUCCAGCCAAGCACGAGGACCAAGAUCUACUACUGCCACCAGUACAGGCACAACCACAACUACAACCACAACCACUAGCACCAGCUCUUCCGAUCCGCUCGCCAAAAGGGAAAUUUCUAUUUCUAUAUAA